AUGGAGCCAAGCCAGAACUCCCCAAUCAACGAGAUCCCAAAGCCCCAUUCGCCUAUCGCCAUCAAAAGAAGGGAUCUCAAUACCCACUGGAGACUCCAAAGAGGGUCGCCUGUCUCCUCCCCGAUGAGCAUGGACUUUGCCCCGACUCCUCCCAGAGAUCAGUCGGCGACGGAUGUUAACAACAACUCAGAGGAGUCCAGCCCGGAAUGGGAGCAGUCUCGUCACACCGCCAUCGUGGCCACCAGACCCCACCCCAGAAAAGAGCUCGUCAGUCACACUCAUGGGCCUCUUACGCAGAACACGCGCGACUUCCUCGGGAGGCAGAUGGUUCAGCAGUACGAGGAAGCGGAGAGAGCGCAACAGGCACACCACAACGCACGGGGGCCGCAAUAUCCCCAUCAAUUCUACGCCUACGCCUACGACCGCGGAAACGGUUGCUACACGAGACUGAUCCCAGCCGAUAUGCUUCCUCCACUCGUGGGCGUGCCCGCCUAUGAGACCGACAUCUCUCGUCUGUUCGUUGUUGAGCUUCCCCAGGCUUUGGAUGCCAACGAGCGCAAUACCAACGUGAAGCCCGUUCAGGCCCAGGUGGCGCAGAAGGAUGCUGUUCAGUCGCAGAUCGACCAAAUUGUCCUGGCCAGCAACAGCCCAUCAGCCAACAGCACGAGCCUUACUCACCACCAGUCCGCAGCCGCUUACCUGACUCCCCCUCCUCUCCACGGCCAAGGCCCCAAGCGAGCCAAGAUCUUCUGCGACAAGUGGGUGCACGAGGGCACUUGUGCCUUCACACAGCAAGGCUGCAAGUACAAGCACGAGAUGCCGUACGAUAGGGCCACUCAGCACAUGCUCGGCCUUUUCCACGGCUUGCCAGCCUGGUAUAAACGGCAGCAAGCCGAGCUGAUGAGGCAGAGGCAGGUGUUGACCAACGGCGAUGAGUCAAGUACCAGCAAGGGGUCGAUGGAUCUGUCCGCGCUCCGUGGAGGUCCUCGUGGCCGGUCGCUGACUACGGCUUCUGGUAGUCCAAUCUCGCGCAGAGGGUCAGUUGAUCAGGGAUCGGCUUCUGGUGGCAGUGGUGACAUUAUGCGAACGGGAGGCCACAGCAACAACGCCGCCACUAACAGUAUGGGAGUCAAGGCCUUCGGAGGCGGUGGUUACCAGCGUGAGAAAAGCUCGAGCCCUCGUGAGUUGAACAACUGGCGUCCGAGUGUUGGAGGUGGUUCUUCUGGACCUUCUCGAAUCCCGACUGGCCCCCAGAUCCUAAGCCAAGGUCCCUGCCGCUUCGGUCCCAUCGGACAGCCCGCUCAGCCUCAACUUCGAGAUCCUCGCGGUGAUCCCAGCAUAGUCAACAACUACCGCCGCAUCGAAGCUCCUCCCGGAUUCCCUCAACAUCCUCACCCCUACCGCCUCCUUCCGACCACCACGACCCCCGACAGCUCUGAUAACGAGGGCAAGGACGAAGGCGGCCCGCCGGGAGGAGGAGGAGCCCAGGUCCACGUGCUGCAGCAGCAGCAUCAUCAUCAUCAUCAGCAACAGCAGCAACAGCAGACCAAAGGUGGCGGCAACACGGCGGCUCACUGGAAGGGUCCUGCUUACGAGGAUGCGGAAACUCACUGGAAGUGGUCGAGGGACACUAACCAGGACUAG